AUGCCUCUUGACCUCACUCUCUACCUUGUUACUGACUCAACCCCUAAUGUACUUGGAGAUGGUGACUUGCUUCACAUUGUCGAAGAAGCUGUGAAUGGCGGCGUCUCAGUAGUUCAGUACCGCGACAAACAUGCUGAGACUGGAGAGCUUAUUAGCAUGGCCACGAAACUGCAUCAAGUCACGAAAAGAAUGGCAGUGCCGCUUCUGAUCAAUGACCGAGUCGACGUAGCGCUAGCUGUUGGUGCCGAAGGGGUACAUCUUGGCCAAGAUGAUAUGCCUAUCGCCACUGCUCGGAAAAUACUGGGUAAAGAUGCUAUCAUUGGUAUUACUGCCACCUCGAUCGAGGAAGCCCAAGCAGCGCACAAAGGGGGUGCAGAUUAUCUUGGUAUCGGUGCAGUUUUUGCUACCCCUACAAAAGAGGAUACAAAGUCAAUCAUCGGUACUGCGGGCACAGCUGCAAUUCUUCAAGCAAUAGAAGAUUUCAAACUACCAUCAGUCGCUAUUGGUGGUAUUAAUGCCUCGAACGUUCAACGUGUACUGCACCAGACAAGUAUCCACGCAAGACACUCGUUAGACGGUGUAGCGGUGGUCAGCGCCAUUAUGGCAGCCAAGGAUCCUCGGAAAGCUGCCAGUGAGUUGAAAAAUCUCGUUCAGAAUGCAGCAACCAGGAUCUAUCCUGCUAUACCUCCCACUGCCGUGGCUGUCAAAGAUACAGCUGCUUUAAUCCAGCGUGUUCCCAAUAUCGUGAAGAAGCAUGGUGAGACAAAUCCACUAUGCCACAACAUGACCAAUCUAGUAGUGCAAAACUUUGCUGCAAAUGUGUGUCUGGCUACUGGGUCGUCACCCAUUAUGAGUAACAACGGCAACGAGGCACCUGAGUUGGCAAAAUUCCAUGGUGCUCUGGUAAUAAAUAUGGGGACCGUGACAUCUGACAGCCUUUCGAACUAUCUAAUAGCCAUGAAAGCCUACAACGCUGCACUGAACCCAGUUCUUUUCGACCCUGUUGGUGGUGGUGCCACAACUAUCAGAAAAGACGCCGUCAAGAAUCUCAUGGCGGGUGGCUUCUUUGAUGUCAUCAAGGGCAAUGAGGGUGAAAUCAAAACAGUCUUCGGUGGCCCUGACGCUAAGCAAAGGGGUGUCGACAGCGGACCAAGCACGUCGACAGCACAGGAAAAGGCAAAGUUGGUCACAGACCUAGCACGCAGAGAGAGGAACAUCGUCCUAAUGACCGGAUCUAUAGACUUCUUGUCUGACGGUGAUCGUACCAUUACUAUUUCCAAUGGAACUCCUCUGCUAGGUCAGAUUACUGGAAGUGGGUGUGCUCUUGGGUCUGUUGUUGCAUCCUACGUUGCUAUACAUCGUGAAGACAAGUUUCUAGCAGCACUGGCAGCUAUACUACACUAUGAAAUUGCUGCGGAACGGGCGAGUGCCCAGAAAACUGUUAGGGGGCCAGGUACAUUCGUUUCAGCAUUCAUGGAUGAGCUUAGCUUGAUCAAGCAAGAAAGCAUGGAUGGAAAAGAUGAUUGGUGCUCAGGAGCAGCCAAGAUUGAGAUGAUACAGGUUUGA